AUGUCGGUGCAGUCGAGCUACCCAUCUCUGUUUCAGUCAAGUGCGGAGAUCCCUCCGUUCUUCGUGACAUACCGAUGGUGGGAGGAUGAAGCAACCACCGUGCUGUGGGCUUUUGACGUUGAGGAUAUCAAACGAGUGAUUCAAUAUGGUCUGUAUCGGGAUGAGAACCUGCCUCGUUCCUCCCUGCAGAGUCGAAAUGCAUCGGCCGUGGACAGUUUCCUGCUCACACUAGUCCAACCCAAAGAGAGGACUUAUAUCGCCAAUCUGUCAUUUAUCCAGAAGGUGGAGGAGAUCAUUCGCCGGUGCAAAACCAAUACCCCAUCACUCGUUGCCUGGAGUUGGUUCCCGCCUCAAGUGAAACGGGACUUGGAACCCGCUGCGAUUGCAGAUGCGAUUGAUGCGGAAAGCCACCUGCAUUUCACUCGUAUUCCCUUCGAAGAGCUGGUCCGCUACUCCUUGGGCUACCCUGCGAUCGCUGUCGAAUGGUUUUUACGACAACAUACCGCACUCUACGUCCAUCUGUUGAAUUAUUUCAAUACCUUCCCCGAGGAGAUAGUGAGGUACGCCAAAGUUGAACAACAUCUUCGAAAUCGAAGCCCAUUCGCCCACCGCGCCUUGCUUCAUUGCUUGCUCACCCUGCAAUCGGGAGGGAACUAUGAGAUACCGAGUGCCACCCCUGGCUUCGAAUUCAUAGCGGAUCCGAUUCAAGGUUUGUUCAAGGAUCUCCCGCCCAGUCUGACAUCAAUUUUGAAAGUACUGUCUGUCCUGAGAGUCCGCUUUGAACGGCAAUAUGUGCACGCCCGGACGAUGAACUGGAACCAACCCUUUGAUAUCGACUUCUCCUUCUACGAAGACUUGACAGGAUCGACAUCCGCUGCAGAUUUCGCUCGCACAUUAACGAACGCCGACGAGCGCAGCUUCUCCGCACUGACGCCGCAGCAAGUCAUGGCGGAGGAUCCCGUGGUGACGCGACUGCUGAGCAAGUGGGAGUCGCUCAGCAUCGAGGUUUGGGAAUGCUGCACCGCGCUGCCAGACAUGAUGCCGUAUAUUCAAGACUGUGUACAGGCCCUCAUUGCCCUUCGGAACUACCACUCGUUUUCCGCCAUCAUCAACGGCCUGCGGAAAUAUAACAUCACCGAGUCCGUCUUCAGCAGCAACGGUGCCGCUGACGCAAUGGCUCUGAACCCCAUCAUUCCUCCCGAAUUGCUCUUCCUGACUGUUCCUUAUCAGAACUACGCUGCCUAUCGACAACAGUUCCAGUCCUCGCCCGGCAUCCCCUGUCUUAUCCCGCAUAUCAAAGAGUACCAACAGCAAGGGCAGCCGGCCUUGCUACAGAUGUUCCAGAGAAUGCGCAACGCUAUGCGCUAG